ACAGGGACAGGGCUUUGCCAACCUCAGUGCGAUGGGGAUCCUCACCAGGCCAGGCUGCGGGUUUUGGGUGUAGUUGGAUUGAGGAGUGGUGGCUGCAGCUCAUCCUUGGCAGGAGUAGAAGAUGCAGGAGGCUGCGUAGCAGGUUUCUGAGCAGCUGCUGACGGCUCAGCCCCGCUGGAUCCGGCCGCACACGAGGGUACCAUGAACUGAGCACGGAGACACCCAAAACUCUCUUUUUUUUUUUGUUUGGCUUUUUUUGGGUUUGUUUUCCACCCGUGAAAAAAGCCCCUCGACGCUCUUUAAUGAAAGCGUUUUGAAGCGGGUUACUUCUCCCCUCCCCUGAGCCGAAGUCGUCCCGGGUGCGGUGAGGAUUUCCAGAGAAGAUGGGGAGAAAAAAGAUCCAGAUCCAGCGGAUCACGGACGAGCGCAAUCGGCAGGUGACCUUCACCAAGCGCAAGUUUGGCUUGAUGAAGAAAGCCUAUGAGCUGAGUGUCCUGUGCGACUGCGAGAUCGCCCUCAUCAUCUUCAACCACUCCAACAAGCUGUUCCAAUAUGCCAGCACCGACAUGGACAAGGUGCUGCUCAAGUACACCGAGUACAACGAGCCCCAUGAGAGCCGGACCAACGCAGACAUCAUCGAGACAUUAAGAAAGAAAGGUUUUAACGGCUGUGACAGCCCAGAGCCCGACGGUGACGACUCCAUAGACCAGAGCCCUUUGAUGGAGGAUAAAUACCGCAAAGGCAGCGAGGAUCUGGAUAUCCUGUUCAAGCGCUACGGUGCGCUGAACAAGAAGCACAGGGAGUGCGAGAGCCCGGAAGGGGAUGAAGUGUUUGCGCUGACCCCGCAGACGGAAGAGAAAUAUAAAAAGAUUGAUGAGGAGUUUGAUAAAAUGAUGCAGAGUUACCGGCUCGCAUCCGCAGUGCCCGCUCCCAACUUUGCCAUGCCCGUGACGGUGCCGGUGACCAACCAAAACACGCUGCAGUUCAGCAACCCGGGCAGCUCGCUGGUGACCCAGUCCCUGGUGACCUCGUCGCUGACAGACCCCCGGCUCCUGUCACCGCAGCAGCCGGCACUGCAGAGGAACACGGUGUCCCCGGGGCUGCCGCAGCGGCCAGCCAGCGCAGGGGCGAUGCUUGGGGGAGACCUGAACAACACAAACGGAGCCUGCCCAAGCCCUGUGGGAAAUGGCUAUGUGAGUGCCAGAGCCUCGCCGAGUCUCCUUCCUGUGUCCAAUGGCAGCAGCCUGGGCAAGAUCAUCCCAGCCAAGUCCCCACCGCCCCCCUCACAUGGGACGCAGCUCGCCGCCAACAGCCGCAAGCCAGACCUGCGUGUGAUCACCUCGCAGAGCGGGAAGGGGCUGAUGCACCACCUGACCGAGGACCACUUGGCUCUGCAGAACACGCAGAGGUUGGGUGUCUCCCAAGCAACUCACUCUCUGACCACACCGGUUGUUUCCGUGGCAACUCCGAGUUUGCUGACACAGGGGCUGCCCUUCUCUGCCAUGCCCACAGCGUACAACACAGAUUAUCAGCUGACGAGUGCUGAGCUGUCCUCGCUGCCAGCAUUCAGCUCACCUGGAGGGCUGUCCCUUGGCAACAUCCAGCAGCCGCAGCAGCAGCACCUGGUCCCUGUGUCACUAGGAAACUUAAUACAAGGGAGUCACUUGUCCCACACCACCACUUUGACUGUCAACACCAACCCCAACAUCAGCAUCAAGUCGGAGCCCGUCUCGCCCAACCGGGAGAGGAACACUGCCACCCCGCUCAGCACCUUCCCCCACCAGCCGCGGCACGAG